CUCCAUCAGUUCAUCUCAGGCGAAAAGGCAUCUGCAACAUUUGCCUGCGGCGGUACAGUGUCCAUUAGUGACAACUUGCCCCCAGGCACGCACGGUGUCUCACCGCCAGUAAGUAUUUCUUGGACACCCAAGGAUGCCGCAAAGGAGCGCAAGAUAGUACUUCCCGUCGAUGCUGCCGUUGCGGACAAACUUAGCCAACUAGUGUCAGACUGUGACAUUGCCAGUUUUGGCAAACGAGAGAAAGAUGUCAUUUAUCUCCACUACAGCAAAGCUAGCAAGCUCAACCCUUCACGAUUUCUGACCGGCUUUCAUCCCGCAAACCUCAACAUACUCGAAGAGGUUGAGCAACUUCUUGUACCAAACUUCAACUCCGAUUGCGAGCAUGAGAUCAACGAUGUUACGGACGGACAUCGAAUUACAUUGACAUACAAUCUCUAUAUCACCAACUUCGGACGUGGAUCGGUUCCUCGUCACGUUAAUCUCGACCCCAAAACACUCCCAAUAUACGGGUACCUGAGCAGCCUUCUUGCUGAACCUAGAUUCAUGAAGGAAGUGGUGAUGAUCUUUGCAGGUGGUAUUCUCGGUGUUAACUGUUCUCAUGCGUAUCCCCAUGCAUCGUCACAAGCACGUGAGCUACUCCCAAGAGGCCUCAAAGGUGCCGACUUGGCUGUGUACUCGUUAUUCAAGUCGCUUGGUAUAGAUGCCCAUGUGCUUCCUGUGCUGAGACAGAAGCACGAUGAAGGUGUCGAGGAGGAAGCCGUAAGAGACGUGCUGGGAUUUCUGCGUGAUGGUGACGAGUUUGAACCGACAUUUACUCAAUUGCCUCAAAUCAUACCCGUUGACAAAGACUUGGGGAAAUACUGGAAGAUGCUCCACGUCUCUCGAAGACUCCAUGGAACGAGGAAGAUAAUUCAAUGUGCACAAGAAAGGAAUUUGGAAAUAGAAUCUCGCAUGUUCCAAGACACAAAAGGGAAUUACUUCGGGACCGAGCUACUUCCGUAUUUGGUUGAAACCGAGUUAUUCGAAGGCGACUCGAUCACAGCCUUCAUCCCAGGUAUCACAUGGAUUUCUGAUCCAUUGAACAAGGAGAUGGCUUUUACGUACCUGGCAUAUGGAAAUGAGCCGAGUAUCGCGACAGUAUACUCUUGCGCUUCAAUACUCGCUGCUGUACCUCCAUUUGAUCAACGUCCAGCGAUGCAGGGAUCGCGCGACGAUCAAAUCCACGCAGACGAACGAUAA